AUGUCUGCCUCUCUCCCUGGUAGUCGGGACCUCCCCGCGUCGCAGUAUGACCUGACAACCUAUUGGGGUCGUGUGCGCCAUGCCGCUGACAUCUCUGAUCCUCGGACGCUUUUCGUCUCAUCUGCUGGUCUUGAGCAAGCUAAAAGCCUCAUUGCGUCGUACAAGCAGAACCGCAUCCCGGCCAUGACCCCGGAGUUGUGGUCCGCCAAAAAGGUGGUCGAUGCGACAUUGCAUCCUGAUACCGGCACACCCGUUUUCUUGCCGUUCCGCAUGUCAUGCUACGUACUCUCGAACUUGGUGGUCACAGCAGGCAUGCUGACCCCAGGAUUGAAGACCACCGGUACCCUUCUCUGGCAGAUCGGUAACCAGUCCCUGAACGUCGCCAUCAACAAUGCCAACGCCAACAAAUCCACUCCCCUCUCCAUGUCCCAAAUCGGCAAGUCCUACCUCAUGGCCGUCUCAGCCUCUUGCUCCGUCGCCGUCGGCCUGAACGCCCUCGUCCCCCGUCUCAAAAGCAUCUCCCCCAAUACCCGUCUCAUCCUCUCCCGUCUCGUCCCCUUCGCGGCCGUCGCCAGCGCCUCCGCUCUGAACGUCUUCCUCAUGCGCGGCGAGGAAAUUCGCCAGGGAAUCGAUGUCUACCCCGUCCUGUCAGAUGCUGAGCGCGCCAAGCGCGAACUUAACGAGGACGCUGAGCCCGUUCAGAGUCUCGGCAAGAGUAAAAAGGCUGCUACCCUGGCUGUCGGUGAGACAGCCAUCUCCCGUGUCCUGAAUGCUACCCCCAUCAUGGUCCUGCCGCCGCUUAUCCUCGUCCGUCUCGAGAAGACGGCCUGGUUGCGUGCUCGUCCUCGUAUGGUUAUGCCUGUGAACUUGGCUCUUGUUCUGGGCACGUCGCUGUUUGCGCUCCCGCUUGCGCUUGCGGCGUUCCCGUCUCGCCAGGCUAUUAGUGUUACUAGCCUUGAGGAGGAGUUCCAGGGCCGCGGUGGUCAUCAGGGUAUGGUGGAAUUCAAUCGUGGAAUGUGA